AUGGAGGAUCUGUUUUUUCUAAACAAGAAUCCUACUGCGGAAGGAAAGGAGGGAGCAACACAACCUGGAAAUGAGCAACCGGAAGGAGCAAUGCCCACAUCGGAACCUCAAACCCAGGAGGCACCAAGGGAAGGUCCACACGGACUAACUGGAGAGGCUAAAGGAGAAAAACCGUUUCCAUAUCGGUUUGUGACGAAGAGGAAGAAAGAAAACCCUGUGGAUUUCAUGUCGAUUUUUGGAAAGCUGGAUGUUACCAUACCAUUCCUCCAAGCCGUGAGACUGCCCCCUCUGGGGAAGUUUAUAAAGGAGUUCAUAGCCGGAAAGGCCCAGGAGGAUGGAAAAAUCAUGGUGGAAGGGAUAGCGUCAGCUAUUGAAAAGCUCCAAGCCUUGGAUGUGUAUGCCCAGGCUGAUGUGGAAGCAGCUGCAUGGUGUGAUCUGAUCAGUAGUCGAGGGUUGAUUGAUGAGGAGAUCGAAGAAGCAAUUACGGAAUUUUGUCAGAAGUCGGAACUAGCGGGAUCCGUAGGGGCCUUGCUACCGGCCAGUAUGGAGGAAAAAUCAGAUGCUGAACAAGAGCAAGAGGAGGAUUCAAAAAAGAACCCUCUACCUACAGACACACUACCCCCGCAAGUGGAGUUGAAAAAGUUGUCAGCGAACCUUAAGUAUGCCUACCUCGGGGAGGAAGACUCGUUCCCUGUAAUCAUCAAUAGCGGGUUGACUGAAGAGCAAGAGGCAAGACUACUAACUGUGCUGAGCAAAAACAAGAAGGCUAUUGGAUGGAGCCUUACGGACCUGGUGGGGAUAAGCCCGGAUGUCUGCAUGCACCACAUUAGGCUGGAGGAGGGAGCCAAAGCACAUAGAGAUUCUCAAAGAAAGGUGAACCCAAACAUGCGGGAAGAGAUACUGAAGGAAAUCUUGAAGUUACUCUCACUGGGCAUUAUAUACUCGGUACCAGAUAGUGAAUGGGUCAGUCCAAUCCAUAUGGUCCCCAAGAAAUCAGGGAUCCAGGUGGUUAAGAAUGAGAGGAAUGAGCUAGUGCCCACCAGACUAGUCACUGGAUGGAGAAUGUGUAUAGAUUACCGAAAGCUGAACACUGCAACCAGGAAGGACCAUUUCCCCCUGCCAUUCAUCGAUCAAAUGCUGGAGCGACUGGCUGGGAGGAAGUACUUCUGCUUUUUGGAUGGGUACAGUGGUUACUUUCAAAUCUACGUGAACCCGGAGGACCAGGAUAAGACCACGUUCACCUGUCCGUUUGGAACCUAUGCGUAUAGGCGUAUGCCAUUUGGCCUAUGCAACGCCCCCGAAGGAAUCGUCUUAGGACACGUGGUGUCAGAAAAGGGAAUCCAGGUGGAUCAAGCUAAAGUGGAUGUCAUAUCCAAACUACCUUUCCCUACUGAUCAGAAAGGAAUAAGAGGUUUUCUGGGCCAUGCUGGAUUUUAUCGAAGAUUUAUCAAGGAUUUCGCCAAGAUUGCCCGACCCCUUACCAGACUUCUCCAGAACGAGGUGGAGUUCAUUUUCGACGAGCAUUGCAAGGCUGCUUUCAACCUCCUUAAGGAAAAAUUGAUUUCUGCACCGAUUAUUCAGGCUCCUAACUGGGAUCAACUGUUGGUUUUGCAGCGGAAAUCUAUUUAG